GUUGAUGAUCACGAUCACGCGAUAUUUGGACAGGCUCCGUGUCAUCCCGCUAGCGAUUUGGAUUUAUGUCUCACUAAUCUUUUUGCUAGGCAACACAGCUUAGCUAGAUAGCAUUUACUGUCGAUAUCGCGGUGCGACGGGCGAGUUACAUUGAAACACAGGGAAGAUGCAGACUGCAACAGCCAAGUGGUACGACAGACGGGACUCUGUCUUUAUAGAGUUCUGCGUGGAGGGCAGUAAAGAUGUGCGUGUGCGUUUUGACAAGACUAAACUUGAUUUCAGUUGUGCCAAUGGAACAAAUAACAUCAAACAUCAGAAUACAGUGGAACUAUAUGGGGAGAUUGACCCUAAAGAAUCCAAACACAGACGUACAGACAGGUCUGUGUUGUGUUGUUUACGAAAAGCAGAAACUGGGAAAGCAUGGCCUCGACUGACCAAAGACAAGACAAGGUGCAACUGCCUCAGUGUGGACUUCAAUAACUGGAAAGACUGGGAAGAUGACUCCGAUGAAGACUUGAACAGUUUUGACAAGUUCUCAGAGAUGAUGAACAACAUGGGCGGUGAUAAUCUACCUGACCUAGAUUGUGCUGAUGAAGGGCACGACACUGCAGACAGCGACAAUGAAAAAAUGCCUGACCUUGAAUAGGAGACUGCACAUUGUGAGUUCAGUGAGUUCUAAAGCAAAGAAGGCCCUGUCGGGGUUGGAAACAACUGCAACACAGGAGGUGCUCCUCUUCUCUUCAACUGCAUGGACUUGUAUUGUUGUGUUACAUUCUUCUCCAUUCACUUACAUGAGUGCACAGCGAUGUUUUUUAACUUUUCAGUCAAAAUGCUCCUUUUCCAAAGGAUGUUUUUUUAAAGGAUACAUUUUUCUUUCUUAUUUUGUAAAUCAAAUUGCACUUAUUUUGUUUGAUAAUGGAACAAUAUUUUCCACAUUUGUGUGGCAACAUCUAAGAAUAUUUAACAAUAAUAACAUAAGUUAAGUUCAUGUCAGCCAAUGAAAUAAGUUCUUGUGCAAAUGACAUCCUGUGUUGUGAGUGGUAAAGUUUUGGCAAACUUUUUUUCAAAAUGUUGUACUUUGUAACCAGUAAAAAAAACAACAACUUCCAUUUGCCUUGUAAACUGAAAUAAUUAGGAGUCGUGGAGGUUUAAUCAAGGUGUGUGCAUUUGAAACACUACGACAACGCUUUGGAGCCUUGUGUGCGUUUGUCUUCAGCGUUGUUUGUACUUAACUGCUGGAUUUUUUUUUUU